CCCCCCCCAAAAGAAAAAAAAAAAAAAAGACACUCUGCUGCGAGACUUGCCAAGGCGAUUCUGGAGACAGUUUGACAAUUUAUAGAUUUGUAUACUCCGUAUUACUAUUCCCCUUGGGUCCGAUGUACGGACUCGGAGUCGGGCUUGGGGUCAGCAUCUGACUCGGGUCCCUCCUGCGACCCCGAAGCCUCAUUCAGGUCCAUCCUGGCGAUUCAAAGCAUUGUUGAAUUGUUGAAUGGUUGGAUUAGAAAAAGGGUCUACAAAUGCUCGAUCUUGCUGGUAGGUAUCAUGAUCCAGAGCCAGGGACCCUCCUUUUCUGCCGACGACUAGUAAGCUUACUACUCCGAAACCAACCAUGGAGCCGAGAGAUACUCCAUCCCCAAGCCCCCGUCUCAAGACGACAGGGGGAAACAAUCCCAUCGUCCUCAUUCCUCAGCCGUCCGACGAUCCUAAGGAUCCAUUGAACUGGAGCCCGGCCAAAAAGUACGGGAUGCUCUUCCUGCUGUGCUAUGUCGGGUUUGCCGCCUUGAGCCUGCCUUCCAGCCAGCAGCUCACCUACUACGUGCAGGCCUCCGCCUAUCCGGGUCGCUCGACGGUGGAUCUGUCCUACUCGGUGACCGUGUGCGUGGUGGGGGAGGUGUUUGGUCCCCUCCUCUUCUGGCCCCUCGCUCGGAAGAUUGGCCGCAGCUCCCUGAUGCUGUGGAGUCUGGUCGUGGGCUUGGGCUGCCAGAUUUGGGCGGCCCUCAUGACGGGGCCCACGGACUAUAUUCCCUUCAUGAUGUCCCGCCUCGUCUCGGGCCUGGCCGCCUCCAUCCCCACCGUUCUGGGGCCUUCCUACGCCGUUGAUAUCUUUUUCCUUCAUCAACGGGGGCGGGUCUUUUCCACCUUCGAGCUCAGCUUCCUCCUCGGCGUCAAUGUCGCCCCCACCAUCAGCGGCUUCAUCGUCAAUGACGCCUCAUGGACCUGGGCCUUCUGGUGGACCCUCAUCCCCUGUGGGCUAGCCAUUCUGCUCGUCUUCUUCUUUCUGGAGGAAACGGGCGGCUUUUCUUCUUCCUCAGGCUCAGUUUACCCAGCCCAACCCUCCUCCUAUUGGGCCAACCGUGUAGCCACGUUUUUGCCAGGCCAUCGCAUCAUCCCUGCGGAACCGUGGUCCCAAAUUGCCCGAACCGCUCAGAAGCCCUUGGUCAUUCUCACGGCCCCCAUCACCGUCAUUGCCGGCGGAUACAUUUUUAUCUGCUUUGCAUUCGUCAUUCUGGCCAAUGUGCUACUGACCAUGUUCCUCGAGGCCCCCGUAACUCAGGGUGGAUACGGGUUUACCCCAAUGCGCAACGCUUUCUUCACCCUAGACGCCUGGUUCGCCAUCUUCAUCUCCCAGAUCGCCGGCUGGUUAAUGGGCGACCGGAUCCCCCUGUGGGCCUCCCGACGAUUCGGCCGAGGCCACUGGCACCCCGAAUACCGACUCUACAACAUCCUCCUCCCAGGCCUCCUCAGCCCCAUUGGACUGGGUCUUUUCGGCGCCGCCCUCCAAUACCACCUGCACUACAUGGUGAUCGCAGUGGGCUUUUUUCUCAUCGUCUUCAGUUCCAUGUUAUCCGUUCCUAUCUGCCUCAACUACAUCGUCGAAUGCUACAAGAACGAUGCCACCGAAGCGGCCAUCGCCAUGAAUGUCUGGCGGCUUAGUUUCGCCAUCGCCACCGGCUUCAUUUUCACCCCUUGGAUGGAUGCCGUUGGUGGUCCUGGCUGGAUGUUCGGUAUGGCUGCUUUCUUUUCCCUGGGUGCUCUUCUCAUGGUGGGGGUGUUGGUUUGGAAGGGUAAGCUGUUGCGGGAUAUGGCGCCGAGGCUGUUGGCUUGUGAGGGUGGGGUUCUUGUUGAUAGGGGGUCGACUGCUGCAACUGGUCAGAAGAGCUCGGCCGAGCUGUCGGACGUGGAAAGUGAAAGUGCUCGGAGUGAUGAGACUAUCACGAUUGAGGUUCUUUCUGCGGUUAAAGCAUAGAAAUUGUUGCUUGCUUGUUUGCUUGUUGGUGCGGGAGGCUGGCUAUCUGUGGGACGACAACGACAACGACAACGACAUGCAGAGAAUGAUAUUGAUUGACUGAUGAGAGGUUAGGUAUUCCUUUUCUUUUCUUUUCAAUUUUCAUUUUUCAUCUCCUUACUUAUUCAUAUGUACAUAUACAGGAAAGAAAGAGAUGGAGCGGGGAAAUAUUCAUGACUCAACAUCAUGAAAGAAAGGAUACUUAUAGACUAUUCUGUUCUUCUGGAGUAUGAGGUAUUUCUUGUUACAUCUAUGUUUCCCCUCCUCUAUCUCCUAUUAUCCUGUUAGUAUGUCUAAAGAAGGAAAGAAAGGG